GGGCCGCGGCAGCUACCGGGGCCGCAGCGCCGGGAGCAGCGGGCGGCCGGCCCGGAGCGGUGCGGGAUGCAGCCCGCAGGCCUCACCCUGAAGCUGCUGCUGGUCGGGGACAGCGGCGUGGGCAAGUCCAGCCUCCUGCGGAGGUUCACGGACGGCGCCUUCGAGCCGCGCCUGACUCCCACCGUCGGUAUUGAUUUUAAAAUGAAGAAAAUGGUGGUGGAGGGCCGUGCAGUACAGCUGGCCAUAUGGGAUACAGCAGGACAGGAGCGUUUCAGAACAGUGACUCCCAGUUACUACAGAGGAGCUCAAGGGGUUGUUUUAGUGUAUGAUGUUACAAGAAAAGCCACUUUCACAGGACUAGGAAGAUGGCUGAGUGAGGUGGAAAUGUACACCACCUCCAGCAGCACUGUGAAGAUGUUGGUUGGCAAUAAAACUGAUAAGGUCAGUUUGGGAAUGCAUCCUUUUCCAUUCUUCCUGGAUUAUUUAUUCAUCACAGUGUGUAAAUGUGAGCCUGACCGUGAAGUGGAGAGAAAAGAAGGGCUCCAGCUUGCCAGGAAACACUCACUGCUUUUUAUAGAGACCAGUGCCAAAACACAGGAUGGAGUGCAGCAUGCCUUUGAGGAGCUGGUCAUAAAGAUCCUGCAGACUCCAGAUCUUUGGGAUAAAGGCACAGGGAAAAAGGGAGUCCAGCUCAUGGAAUCACCAGCACAGCAGAAUAAAGGGUUUUGUGGUGCCUACUGUGCACUUAUUUAAAUGUACAGCUGGCUGUUCUGCCUGACAGGAGGAAAAAAAAAAGAGGUGGGGAUGAGAUUCCAAGCACCAAUCUGUGCCAUGUUUGAUGUGCUAUCAGUUGUGCAGAUCCAAAACACAAACUCAUUAGCAAAAUACAUUUUUAUUCAUUAACAAAAUACAGUUUCUCCUUCCCUUUUGCACAACUGCUGUCUGCAGGUAUUUUUUUUGGUAGCUCUCAGAUUUUUCACUAUUAAAUCAUAGUGCUGCUUUGCAGAGAAUUGUGCUUUGCUGUAUGACAUUCAACAUGGACUUUUGCUGCAAUUCCUGCCUCAGCAUAAAUUAGGUGGUAUUCAAUUCUGGAAUAUUAUUGAGAAGCUUCUCUUCCCUUGGAUGGCAUGGGAGGCUUUGAGGCACCCAAGUGACCUUCAUGUAGUUACUGAGCAGGAGUUUGAUCAGUGGACAGAAUUUCCUGAUUUUGGAUGAUUUUAAAGUCAAAAUUGCUACAUGUCCCCAGACAGUAAGCUGAGUUAUGGUUAAUUUUAGGGCUGUGAUGAAGAGGAUGUGUAUUUUAACACUUGUCAGGAAAAGUGCAGGACACUGAAGGUGACCCUGUGCUGUUCUCUUUGCACUGAGGGAUGAGUUGCACUCAUCAUUUUGGGCUGUCACACCAAGGCUGUGGUUUUGCAGUCACUGAGGUUGUCUGCAAACCCUUGUCCUCUUCCAGCAACCACAGAUAAAAAAUUUUAUCAGAAUUGAUAAAAAACUGUAUCAGAAAUUGAUAAAACUCAAUUUGACAGAAAAUGUGCUGCCUAUGGGAGACUUUGCACUAGGGUGAGUCUGUCACCAGUCCCACUAUGAAGUUACCUUUAUGUCAUUUACACUUUUAAUGGCAAUAUUGUAUUUUGCUAACUUACAUUAAAAUAACUGAAAAUUUCA